GAGAGGGGUCGCCUGCCUGGUGUGCCAGCUGGGCCACCUGCUCAGGGCCUCAGACUCGUGUGGAACCCUGCCCUGUGACCUGCCUAGGUGCUCCUUGGUCUCAGGUACGCCCCGCGCACAGCACCUGCUCACAUUUUCCAGAAGCAGUCACCUGCUUGGCAGUGCAGUACAUUCUUAGGACCUGGUGCCGACGACUCGGGUCCGUGGUAACAGCAGAGGAAGCCGGUGGCACUGUGACCGUGUCGCAGAGACGCUGCAGGGUUGAGGGAGGAAGAUGAAGGCUCGCGCUCCGCCCCCUCCUGGGAAGCCCGCCACCCCGAACGUGCCCCGUGGAGAGGCCCCUGCCCGCAGCGUGGCCCCCGCCUGCCAGCCGACCGCACGGAGCAGCGCAGUGGACGUCACCGUGGUGCUGCCCAGCGGGCUGGAGACGAGGAGCGUGGUCAACGGCAGCCAUGCGAUGAUGGACCUCCUGGUUGAACUCUGCCUCCAGAACCACCUGAACCCGUCCCACCAUGCCCUUGAGAUCCGGUCCGCAGAAACCCAACAGCCUUUGAGUUUUAAGCCAAAUACUUUACUCGGGACCCUGAAUGCGCACACUGUGUUUCUGAAAGAAAAAGUUCCCGAAGAGAAGGCGAAGCCCAGCCCACUUAAGAUGCCUGAGAAGUCCGUGCGUCUGGUGGUGAACUACCUCCGGACACAGAAGGCCGUGGUGCGCGUGAGCCCCGACGUGCCGCUCCAGGCCAUCCUGCCGGUCAUCUGUGCGAAAUGCGACGUCAGCCCGGAGCAUGUGGUGCUGCUCAGGGACAACGUGGCCGGGGAGGAGCUGGAGCUGUCCAGGUCCCUGAACGAGCUGGGGAUCAAGGAGCUCUACGCGUGGGACAACCGGAGAGAAACCUUUAGAAAAUCAUCACUUGGCAACGAUGAGACAGAUAAAGAGAAGAAAAAAUUUCUGGGAUUUUUCAAAGUCAAUAAAAGAAGCAACAGUAAGGUGGAGCUCGGGCUGCAGGCGGUGGAUGGCAGCGAGGACGCCUCGGAGUCGGCACCGGGCAGUGGCUCCAACGGCUGCAUGACGCCAGACUCACCGCCUGUGAGCUCCCGCCCCACCGUGCUGGGCCCAUCUCUGUCGCUGAGCAGCAUCUCGGGGCUGUCUGUCAGGUCAGACAUGAAGAAGCGCCGGGCCCCUCCGCCGCCUGCCCUGCCGGGGACCGGGCCACCCAUGCAGGACAAGGCAUCAGAAAAGGUGUCUCUGGGGUCACAGAUGGACCUACAGAAAAAGAAGAGGCGGGGGGCAACCGAGGACCGCGAGGAGAGCAGGAAGACGGGUGUUGGACGGCAGAUGCCACAAAAGCCCCCCAGAGGCACCACGCGGGGGCCUCCCCAGUUAGUGCUCCCCCCGCCCCCGCCCUACCCCCCUCCAGACGUGGAGCUGGCAGAGCCACUCGGCACCCCCGGGGAGGGCGCUGCUUCCAAGGCCACGCACCGGACACCCACACCGAGCCUGCCCCUGGGUCCCGGAAGUCCCUGCAGCAUAGACGACGCUCCAGAGGCCGAGGAGACCGUGUCUGUGGGCAGCUGCUUUGCCUCGGAGGACACGACAGAGGACUCCGGCGUGAUGAUGUCCCCUUCGGACACCGUCUCCCUAGACUCCCAACACGACAGCAUGAAAUCCAGAGGCAGGUGGGCCACGGACCAGGAGGGCUGCAGUGACCAGGACCUGGCUGGAACCCCGGAGCUGGGUCCCCGAAGGAGCCCGUCGUGGGAGACAGACAGCUCUGGGCACGGGCCUGGGAGAACAGAAAAACCUGUUGCAGCCUCCGGUGGUGACAGAGACCUGUGUAUUACUGGAGAGUUCCAGCGGACCCUGGCCGAACUUGACGAAGACCUGGAAGAGAUGGAAGAGAGGUACGAGACAGACACCAGCUCCCUGAGCAGCUCCAUCGAUGGCGCGUCUAGUUCCUGCAUGCGAGAUGCCACCGUCCCCGAGAGCGACGCGGACGCAAUCCCAGUGACGUUCAUCGGGGACGUCUCAGAGGACCCUGUGCAGCCGGCGUCACUCCCCAACAGAAACAACAACGCGGGGUCCUCAGACAGGGCAGGCACCGCCAGCAGGCCGGCCCGCGAGUCGCCAGCCCCGGCCGGGCUGGAGCCCGUGCGGACAUCCACUGUGGAGCGUCACACGCGAGGGCGGAAAGCAGGGGACGCAGCCGAGGAGCAGGGCCCGGCCCCCCGCAUGGGGAGGGCACAGCCCACCCAGAGGGCGGACCCUCAGCCGGGGCCGGGGACGGCAGGCGGCGACAGGCAAGGCAUCUCGGCCCCAUCGUCAUGGUGUCAACAAAGCCAAACCCCCGGGGGGAGCUUCGGGCUGAAAUACGGCCUCACGACCUACAAAAUUGUCCCCCCAAAGUCAGAGAUGAGGUGUUAUGACAGGGGGGCAUCUCUGUCGACGGGCGCCAUCAAGAUCGACGAGCUGGGGAACCUGGUGAGCCCCCACACGUCUGGAAGCAGGACCAUAGCCCUGCCGGCAUCGACCCUUGAUAAAGAACCCCAACCCAUGGGGAAAAUCAGAGGGUUCUGGAGGUGCAGCUCAGAGGAGAAGCAGCCCGGCCAGCCCACGGAGCGCCCGGUCGGGGGGGUCCCUACCCCCACCCCACCAGCAGAGUGGCAGAACCAAGACAGCAGGCUCCAAGCAGAGCCCACCUCCCCGGACCCCAAAGUGGCAUCGCCCCAGCAGCAGGCCACCCACCAAGGAGGGGGGAGACACCUGGGAGAGGGGGUGAGCCGGCCACCCACAGCAGCCGCUUGUCACGUGAAGGUGCCAGCAGCCAACACCGCGCAGGUCCCGUUUCUCAAGCCUCAGAGAAGAACGUCCAGUCAGUACGUGGCCUCUGCCAUCGCCAAGCGGAUCGGGCCUCCUACAGCCCACGCCGGGCAGACCCGUGCGGGCAAAGUGCCAGAGCUGGCGGGGCGGCCUGAUGGAGCCGCCCCCAGCCCAUGCCCAGGGUCACACGGACGCGAGCAUGAGGCCAAGCCCCCCUGCGGUCAUCCUGCCCACACCAAUGGGGAGGAGUCAGCGGAGGGAGCCCAUUCCCGGGGGCAGCUCAGCAGCCCCCGCGGCACGCCCUCGGCUCCAGACUGUCCCGCUGGCGUCCACCGAAGUCCCUGCGUCCCACUUGCCACAGCUUCCCAGAGGGAUCACAUUUCCGCGGGACAGAGCUCCGGUCUCAAUGGAAAGCAAAGCACGAGCAGCCACAGGACCAGCACGGCAUCCGACCCCAAGCGCACGCCAGACAGCCCCAGCCCCCCGCCGCCGCGCUCGGGAGAUGGCAGAGCCCUGGCACACGGCUCCGGUUGGGUCCUCGUCCCCAGCCAGCCUCCUCGCUGUCCAGCAGGGUCCAGCACGAGCAGCCCCACUGUCCCGGGGUGGAAAGAGAAGCCCAGCGUGCUCUGCACAGACGCAUGUGAUGCCGAUUGUGCGCCCAGCGUCUUUGGGCCAAAGAAGAAGUUCAGACCUGUCGUCCAGCGGCCAGCACCCAAAGACACCUCCCUGCACAGCGCCCUGAUGGCGGCCAUCCACUCGGCAGGAGGCGGGCACAGCCUGCGCAAGACCGCAGGGCACAGCCCAGAAGGAGGGCCGAAGAAGCCGCCCCCCACCGAGGCAGAGAGCGAGCACUCGGCCCUGCUUGCGUCCAUCCGAGGUCACCGUGGAGCCUGCAGCCUGCGGAAGGUGCCCUUGCUCGUCUGAGGGGUCACUGAGACCAGGCCAUGGUGGAACCACCCGCCCGGCCCUCACCCUCUCCGCCGGGAUGCAGGAGGCGAGGGGCCUGGGGACUCGGCGUGCAUCCUCGUCUGCUGGCCAGUCCUGCACCAUGGCUGAGGGAGGGACGCCCUGCUGCAUGGCCCAUGUGCCAAGGACUUGUGUUCGCCUCUCAGCGUCUGAAG